UUUUGAUUUCAAUUCCAAACUUUAUAAUAACAGGGAUAUCUUUUUACACAACCCUUGCUACUGGAUCACAAAAUACGAAAUGUAUAGUGCCAAAAUGAAAUUAAUUAAAGCAACAUUAAGAUCCCAUUAUUAAAUUAACAUAAGUAGAAUUGAGAUCCCGAAAGCGUCAUCCUACGUAAGACCUCUAUUUAGGUCGACUGAAUUUAGCGUAGGUAGCAGGUCCUUAUCUAUCGUUAGUACUUUUAAAGUGCGACUGAAAAAUAAUCCGGGCCGUAAAGAGCAAGGUGAUUCGAGUGAGGGCACAGGAUAUCCUGUAGGACUCUUAAAUUUUUUACUGACUGUUUAUAGUUACACCACACCAUACUCCGUCGCAAUAAUGUUCGAGGGUGCAGUCGCCGGUAUCCUAAACCGGCUGCUAGGCAAAUAUGUCCAGGACUUGGACACGGAGAAUCUUAACGUGGGCAUUUUCUCCGGUAAUGUCAAUCUCACAGACCUCAAGCUCAAACCUGAAGCCUUGUAUGAAUUAGAUCUCCCAAUCGAUGUAAAGAUCGGCACCAUAGGUCGCAUCAAUCUUCAAAUACCAUGGUCCGGCUUGUACACGCAACCAGUUGUAGUCAACAUCGAAGACGUCUUAGUACUCGUGGGUCCAGCCAUUUCCAACAGCUACUUCGAUCCAGAGAGAGAGAAAAGACUUAUGAGAGCUGCCAAAAGGAAGAUUUUGCAAGACUUGGAAGCUGAAAGUGAAAUAUUGAAAGGACCACAGAAUUUCUUCGAGAAUCUAUUCACGGCUAUUGUUGAUAAUCUUCAGAUUUACGUCAGAAAUAUUCAUAUUCGAUAUGAGGAUUCUAUUAGUUCGAAAGACGGGCCGUUGGCUUGCGGUCUUUGCCUUCAGAGUCUUUCGAUUGAGACCACUAAUAGUAAAUGGAAGCCAUCUGUAACUCCGCCUAACGCAUUGACAGUUUACCAGAUGAUGCGCAUAGAAUCCUUGUCUUUUUACUGGAAUCCUACAGCUACAGCUUUGGAUGACAACGAGACAGCUCACAUAACACCCAUUCAGUAUUACAAUUGGAAGCACUACAUGUUGACGGGACUCGACAAGUUUUCGAUGCACCAUGAAGAUUUUGAGUUCUGUGAGUCGAUAUUUGUCACUUAUUGGAUCACUUUGUUUAAUACAUACGAACUGCGAGAGGCAAAUUAAAAGGAUAUCCGG